AUGGAACAGUAUUUUUGCAUUUGUUGCUAUGGGAGAUUAUUUAAGAAAGGGGAGGUAAGGAAUUAUACUCAUGUUAAAGAAAACAUUGUGUUUUAAGUGGCGAAAAUUCUAAAUUUUUAAUGAGACAACCGAGCGCCCAGCUACGGUCUGCCUUUCGGGUCUGCCAUGAAGCCAGUGACUGCGAUUUCUUUCACAAAAGUCUUACUCUUUCAUUCUUGUCGUACACUGUUGCUUGAUCUGAUCACGAACUGAGAAUCACUUAAAUUUCGCUUUGUUCUUUCCUUCACGUCUUUCAUCAUUUACUUAAUUUUAUUUGGUUAAGCUUUAUGCUAUUAAAAUGACAUUUUGACUUUCUUUCUUUUGAAACGGCAUAAAAGCUUACUAUAUUUUAACAAUAAAUGUUAAGUGUUAAGCUAGAUUUAUAACCACAUCAUCAAACUAGAUUUAGAUUGGAUCGUUAAAUUUCAUUUUCCUAGUUUUCUUGAGAGAUAUGGGCUUUAAAAUUCCUUUUGUUAUAAGCAAUUUACGCGACCUGGUUUCGUAAAGUUACGCUCAAAGAUCUGUAGCAAAUAUUGGUCAAUAAUCCUGUGUAGUCGAAUGUCUUACUUGUUCAGUAUGUACCAAAGUGUAAUAACGUGCGAACUCACUUGAAGUUGACCACUGCACAUGGCUGUCAAAACACCAUGUGGUCACUGUCACUUGUAACUACGAGACAAGGCGGCCAUGUUGCGGGUCAAUCCUCGAAAAAUUUACAUGAAAAUAGAGUUUAUUUCCCAGAGGAGGGAAAUGCUUUUACUCUUGGCCACCAACAUGGCUGCCGUGACAUCAUGUGCAAGACUGCUCUCAUGUGGACGAUCAUAUCCCUCCUUUGGGUUUAAACUAUUAAUUUAAUCAAGUUUAACCUCAUAUCACAAGGAUAUAAUUGAAUCACGACUUUUACUUCAAUUUGUGAUUGAUUAGCAUAAUAGAUCAAAUUGUGACAAUUUGGCACAGUCAAUUCCAAGUGUGCCCUUCCCCCCCCCCCGACAUAUGUCAGGAAUUUGUCUUUUUUUUCAAGUUAACCCUUCACCCCCUCCCUCCCCCCCCUCCCCGCACAGACAUUUCUAAAUAGGCAUACAUUUUAGUGAAAUAUUGAAAAAGGAAUGAUGUUAAAUGCUUCUGGAAGAAUUGACAAAUGCCCCACCCCUGGGCAGAGGUUUUCUGACAAAUUCCCCACUGUAGGGACCGACAAGGUGGCAAGUGGCUGACAAAAUGCCCAGGGGAGAAUGGGCAUGCUUGGAAUUGAAUGAACCAUUAGGGAGGCUAUUAGAGAUGGAGGCUUAUAAAAAGUGGGUCUUCAAAAUGGGUGGGUGGGUGGGUUGUAUAACAUGCAUUUCAGUUUAUUUUAUUUUGUCAGAAUGAAUAAUAAAACAAUAAAAUUUGCAUGUCUUGGAGGCUGUUCAAUACUGAGGCCAAAGGAUGAUGACCUCCUGGAUCUGUAUAAUUCUUCUCAUCAUACUCAGCCUCAUACAAUAAUUACUUGAUAUGAUUGUAGUAACUUGAGUUAUUGGUUUAUUAGGAAAAACAGAUGCUGGUCUCAUCAGGAGCAUUUGCUGCCCAGAUGGUGGAAUCCCUUGAGGCCAGUUUGACUGAUUCCAGUGGUUCAAAUAAGAAGAGACAUAAACGUAUACCAUCAGCAGAUAUUAAAAUCAUUUGGGCAAAUAAUCGACGUAUGUAUAACAUGCAUUGCAGUUAAUUUUUCUAUUUUACCUAAUUUUUGUUUUUCCUUUGUUUCAAAUUUAUUAGCGUACAAUGCUAAAUCCAAAAACAAGGGUAAAACAACUGAUAACCGCAUGAAAUACAAAAUAACAUGGAUAAGGAUAAAAUGGCACUUCUACUUAUGAUCUAGUUGUUUAUAUAUUUAUUUAGUCACUCACAAAACCUUAUACAACAUGAGCAAAAGUUGUUAAUUAAAUUAUAAAAUUAAUGUGCCAAGGAAGCCUAACAAAGCUUGAAUCUUAUAGUAAUAGGUUUCCUUCAACUACCUAAUGAACUAAAUUCAUGGCUGAGUGCAGAGUGAGCAAGAUCAGAAAAUUAAGCGAGAGAUCAGCUAUCAGUGAGAUAAUUCUUUAAUUUUUUUUUUUUAUCAUGAGCUUGGGAAAAAAAAAUUUAAGCUCUUUAAAGCUUGCAUUUGAACGAUUAUUGUUCACUGCAAUGCAGUUCUUUGUAUGGUUUGGCAAGGAGUUCCAAAGGGUUGAAGCCGCAACUGCAAAUGAUCGCCCACCAUUAGUUUUCAAGUUAAAUGCUUGUUUUGCAAGAAGAUUCUGACUACAGAAACAUAGAUCCCAAUGGUUGAUUUUUUUUAGAAGAUCCAUGAUGAGCAUGGUUCAAUGUAAACCUUGAGGUGCUUGAAAGAUAUGAAAAAAACUGGAUAUGUUGUUCAAAUGGCAUCGAGUGAACAUUCUAUGAAGAGUGGUGUAACAUGUUCGGUUUUGAAAAUGAAGAAAUGAUCGCCGCAGUGAACGCAAUUUAUGCAAUUGCAUGAAGAAGCCUGAAAAAAAUUCAGGAAUUCAAUGGGGUUUGAACGCGUGACCUCGCGAUACCGGUGCGAUGCUCUACCAACUGAGCUAUGAAGUCACUACCAAUGGAAAAGCACCCUAUUCCAAUGGUUCUGUUGGUGAAUAUGCAUCUCAUUAAGGAGACUUAGAUUAUUUUCUCAUGUGGUCUAGCUGGGUACAGGGCAAUUCCAAUGGUCCAUUGGUACCAAUGGUACGAUUGGUACCAAUGGAAAAACACCCUAUUCCAAUGGUUCUAUUAGUGAAUAUGCAUCUUAUUAAGGAGACUUAGAUUAUUUUCUCAUGUGGUCUAGCUGGGUACAGGGCAAUUCCAAUGGUCCAUUGGUACCAAUGGUAUGAUUGGUACCAAUGGAAAAGCACCCUAUUCCAAUGGUUCUGUUGGUGAAUAUGCAUCUCAUUAAGGAGACUUAGAUUAUUUUCUCAUGUGGUCUAGCUGGGUACAGGGCAAUUCCAAUGGUCCAUUGGUACCAAUGGUACGAUUGGUACCAAUAGAAAAGCACCCUAUUCCAGUGGUUCUAUUGGUGAAUAUGCAUCCAUUAAAAAAUAAAAAUCUCCGUCGAUUCAUAUGUUUAUGAGUGAUAAGGAGACAUUCAAACUUCUGCUGUUUUUCCACGGCAACAGGUGCAAUCCUGAAAUCAUCAGUAGAUGGAUUCUUCUAGCUCAGUCCUGGGCCUCAUCGGAAGCUACAGCCGAGAAAAGAGCACGGCAAAUACAAUUUGUCAACGACAACGUUGACGUUAAAUACAUCAAUGGUUUUACUACGACCUUGAUUAUAGCAAACUGGUGUACCUCAAUGGGUUACCACGACAAACCCCAUGUCAACAGUCAAAAGUGACUUCAGUCACUUGAAUAUAAAACGGCUCUCUUAGGAGCCACCAAAUACAAUACAAAGUCAUAACCAACAGCACGAUAUAACCACCCUUUGCGGAAAGACUUCAUUGAAAACUUGUUUUGGUUUAAACGCUUCCAUGUAGAUAAUGAAAUUGCGCUAAGAAAUUUCAGAAGUUAAUUUCACAGUGAGUUGAGUACAGUUGUUAAAACCUGUUGCCUCAAAGUAGACUACGAGUAGUCCGCUCGCGUUUCGCUCGCUCCACUAUCCCUGAGGAAAAAUGGGGGACUACUCGUAGUCUACCUCAAAGCCACUUUGCUAGUUUCGCGCCUUUCCGUGUUGUUUCGGGUUCUUUUAACGAGUAAGAAUUACCAAAAAAUAGUGCUUGCGUACAGGAAAGAAGACAUUCAUAUGUCAUGUUGUUGUUUGCUCGUGAAUCACUAUAAACAGAACGAACACGACAGUGACGCGUUACCUUUCAAUUUUAAUGUUCGUACGAUGUUUGUUAUACUCGCAGCACCUUGAGAUAUUAUUAGCGCUAGAUAUAUAGGUCGCCCUCGCUUUGUAACUAUUAGUGCGUUUCUACUUUGUGUGAAAGCGAACUUGUUUUGCGUGGUUAGCCUAUAGAACGAGGAAUAUUCAUAAGAAUUAUGGCGCAUUUUUAAUUGGUGUAACAGCGAACUUGUUUUGCGUGGUUGGCUUAUAGAACGAGGAAUAUUCAUAAUAAUUAUUAGCGCGUUUUUACUUAGUGUAAAAGGCAACUUGUUUUGUGUGGUUGGCUUAUAGAACGAGGAAUAUUCAUAAUAAUUAUCAGUGCGUUUUUACUUGGUGUAAAAGCGAACUUGUUUUGCAUGGUUGCAUGGCUUAUAGAACGAGGAAUAUUCAUAAGAAUUAUAGCGCACUUUUACUUGGUGUAAAAGCGAACUUGUCUUAACUUGUGUUAUGUGGCUGGCUUAUAGAACGAGGAAUAUUCAUAAGAAUUAUAGCGCGCUUUUACUUGGUGUAAAAACGAACUUGUUUUGCGUGGUUGGCUUAUAGAACGAGGAAUAUUCAUAAUAAUUAUUAGCGCGUUUGUACUUGGUGUAAAAGCGAACUUGUUUUGCAUGGUUGGCUUAUAGAACGAGGAAUAUUCAUAAGAAUCAUAGCGCGCUUUUACUUGGUGUAAAAGCGAACUUGUUUUACGUGAUUGGGAUAUAGAACGAGGAAUAUUCAUGAGAAUUAUAGCGCGCUUUUACUUGAUGUAAAAGCGAACUUGUUUUGCGUGGUUUUCUUAUAGAACGAGGAACGCUCAUAAUAAUUAUUAGCGCGUUUUCACUUGGUGUAAAGUGAACUUGUUUUGCACCAAUAGAACCAUUGGAAUGGCAUCAUUUUCCAUUGGUACCAAUCGCACCAUUGGUACCAAUGGACCAUUGGAAUUGCCCUGUACCCAGCCAGGUCACAUGGGAAAAUAAUCUAAGUCCCCUUAAUGAGAUGCAUAUUCACCAAUAGAACCAUUGGAAUAGGGUGCUUUUCCAUUGAUACCAAUCGUAUCAUUGGUACCAAUGGACCAUUGGAAUUGCCCUGUACCCAACCAGGUCACAUGGGAAAAUAAUCUAAGUCCACUUAAUUAGAUGCAUAUGCACCAACAGAAGCAUUGGAAUAGGGUGCUUUUCUAUUGGUACCAAUCGUACCAUUAACACCAAUGGACCAUUGGAAUUGCCCUGUACCCAACCAGGUCACAUGGGAAAAUAAUCUAAGUCCCCUUAAUUAGAUGCAUAUGCACCAACAGAACCAUUGGAAUAGGGUGCUUUUCUAUUGGUACCAAUCGUACCAUUAACACCAAUGGACCAUUGGAAUUGCCCUGUACCCAACCAGGUCACAUGGGAAAAUAAUCUAAGUCCCCUUAAUUAGAUGCAUAUGCACCAACAGAACCAUUGGAAUAGGGUGCUUUUCUAUUGGUACCAAUCGUACCAUUGGUACCAAUGGACCAUCAGUUUGACGAAUCGUAUCCGUUUGUGUAUAUUGGACAUGUGUGUAUUUCCUCAUCACGUAGUUCAGUUAUGUGGAAUUCAUGUACCAGUUCCCAUCAAUUCAAAAUUGCAUAUGUUUCUUUCCUUUUAGAAACAAAUGCAGUCUUUAGCAAACUUGGUGCAGAGGAUAUUGUCAGCCGCUAUGAUAAACUGUUGCAUGAGUGGAAGUUGAUGAAGGAUGCUGAACUGGACUUCAAGAGGGUUAUGGGUUUGGAUCAUGAUCGGCCUCUUGUCAGGUGUUUGGAUUCCAUUCCUCCUGGUAAAAAACAAUUAUUCAUUCUUUUCUGUACUAUAUAGCUAAUCAGGAUAUAUGGUAACAUGUAAAAAAUAUUGGUAAAUAAUGCAAAAUUUGCUGGAGGUCACCUCAUGCAACAAAAAGGUUUGUUAUGGAGCAAAUAAUACACUUAAUUUCUUCAGAGUAUAUUUCACUCACAAACUGAAUUCUUCCUGUGUUUAGGUGCACUUCAAAAUAUAGUUGACAGGCUCUGCAUAGUGAUUCAAAAGUACAAUUAAAUGAUGAAAUAACAGGCCAUUUCCGAGUCCCCCCGGGCCUCUGUAUCAAAAUGAGGUUAAGUGCUCAGCCUUUGAAAUGGAAAUGACUAUUCAUUCUUAUUCAAGUAAAACUCGUUUUCACAUGAAAGGUUGUGCACUUGGCAUCAUGUUGAAAGUGAGAGGUUUUGGGUCUCGGAAGUGGCCUUUUGCAUACAUGUUUGUUAAAAUGUUGUCCAAAUUAUGCAUUUUAACUUAUGAUGAGAUUUCUGGUGAUUAAUCAAUUAGAUGUGAUUUGAAGUCAAUUUAGAUCAAUUUAGGUUUCUGUGAAACUGCCCACCUACCCCUCCCCUAAGCGGACAGUAACACUUACUUCUCACUUACGGCAAAAUGUUUGCCCGCCUAGCCUUAAAUACCUGGGGAGAACACUGCCCAAAAGAGGGCAGAAUGUAUGCUGCUUGAUUGCCCAUCUAUGUGCCAGAAGGUCUUAAUGUGAAGCAGGGUGCUUUAAGUGAUUUUGGGACAAUUUUUUUUUUUUUUUUUAACAAUUUAAGUAUUGGAACACCUACAGUUAGUACUCUGGUCUGAUGUGUUCCUUUUAGGGGUGGAGUGGUCUGGACCCCCUUGAUCUGCCACUGUUUGUCUUAAAUUGCCUUGCUUGCUUGCCAGCAGGAUAAGCUCAGUUAGUGGAGCACUUGACUGCAGAGUAGGCAUUUGUAGGUUCAAUUCCCUUGGCCAAACUGAUACUCAGUGUCUUAAAAAAUUGAGAAAUGAAGGUACUGGCUUUGCCCUGCAAACAGCCAGACCUUUGUGUGGCUUGGAUAAACAUUUGAAUUGGCGGUCCUGUCUCUAGUAGUAUGAUUUGAUCUUGAAUGCCAUUUAUAUUAGAACCAGUUUUUCUUUGGCCUCUUUGAAGCCUAGUAAAGCUUUUUUAGUAUGGCUAAAGAACCUUUCAAUAACGAUUUCAGUUUCUUUUCUUUUCUCCAAAAUCCCUGGAUCUGAAAAGCUACAUGUGUGUAGUUGUCUGUGAAUUUGAUAAUUUUCUGGUUGCCUGCUAUGUUUUGAUGACAGGCUCUAAAGCCAAUCAAAAUCUUUCAUUUACAUGAUGUAGUGAUCUACGAGUAAUAGCCAAUCAAAUCAUUUUCCACACAUUCCAGGAAAAAUCACAUGGCCUUCAUACACGAUUAGCAACGGUAAAUCACAGAUGCCGCAUCUCUGAUUUCUCCUGAAAGGAGGGGAUGGGGGGUCUGUACACAGGCUAUCUAGUAGGAGCUGAAUACAUCGACACUCAAAUUAAGGGGUUUUUUUUAGACAUGAGGAUUGGCUUCAGCUAUGGAAAUGUGGAAGGUGAAUAUGAAUUUCACCUUGAUGUCCAUCCCCUGGUGUCAGUUGACAGUCUUAAAGAACCAGUAGCAGAUACACUCAAGACAGCCAUCUUCCUCUUUCGUGAAAUAUCAGAUAGAAUGCAUUUUGUGAAGGUGGAGGGAGCCUUGAUUCAGAAAGAUCUGGAGAAGUUGAUUGGUCAUUUUAAAGAUGACAAGGAGACUAGUGUGAACAUAAUGGGUGUGCGGCACAGCGUAGAGCUAUUGAAUGUCCAACAAGUAGAGCAGGCUCUUCUCAUUGUAAAGGACAUCAUUACUUUUACGACAAUGCGCAUCAAUGCUUUAAUGGAUUACAUUGUACAGCAGGGGGACAAAGUAGAUAUGCAGGUGUCUAAGAAUGAUCCAGACAAUCCUAAAGUCAUUAUAUUUUCAAAGAAAUUAGGAAAUUCUAAAAGGCGAAAGUCUCAAAGUUAAAUUUGCACCUGACAUGAAGUUGAAUUUGUGAAUAUUUUACAGGUCAAAUUUGAUUUCAGGUUAAAAUUUUGUAAUCUAGGUUGAUUCUCCAUUUUCUUUGUCUUCUGGGGUUAGGAGAAAAAGGGAAUCAAGAAUCAACUUAGGUUAAGUCAAGUAAAUCUGAGAUCAAAUUUCAUCUGUAACAUAUGUGAUAAUUUUUUCAUUAAUUUUACCCAUUUCUGUUUUGUUGUAAAGAAAAAAGAUAGAACAUGAUUUAUAGAUGAUAGUGAUGCUAGAUUUAUAAAAAGUUAAUGUAGUGCAAUGGAGGGCCUUGACAAGAAGGUCCUUUGUCCCUGGUCUGAAUUUCAAAAUUUUUUGUGUGCUUAUUUUGUAUAGUUGCCAGAUGUUGAAGGAAAAUGUUUCUCUCAAAAUGUUGUUCGCAAUUCUCUGUUGUGUGUUUGUAAACACUAUUUUUCAGCCAUGAAUCAUAGAGAAGUUUACUCUGGAAGGGCUGAUUGAUAUUAUUUUUUAUUUCAUUUAUUUUUCUCCUUUUGCUACGAAGGGAGGUUGAAUGAUUGAUGAUAAAGGUUGAAGUGCUAUGAGGCAAAAACAGGGAAGUUGUUUUUUGCAACUCUCUCCUUUAGCUGAAUGUUUUAUAAAUUAUGAAAAUAUGUGUGCAACAACAUUUACCCCAUUUUAGUAACAAAAUGGCCGGCCCAUUUUAAUUGCUCUGGUUCUGGGGUGUUGAAAGCAACAUAUUGUUAUUAUUGUUAUAAUAUCACAGUAUUAAAUAGGACUGAUAUAAUGAUCAUUGUUGCCUCAAGGACUAAUUAGACCUUAUGCUCUAAUCACAAAAAAUUAGAAUUAAUUUUUUCAUAUAUUCCAUACAGCUGGAAAAAGACAUAGUUAAUAAGUUUUUUUGCUAAAUAAAAAAAAGCUAAUAUAUUGACAUUACCUAGCUAAAUGAAAUUGUGCUAGGAAAAUGAAGUAAUAGGUUUAUCAGAUGAGAUUAUUUUGCUUCUUAGGAGGGUAGUAAAAGUGUUUUUUAAUUGUACUAUAGGCGUCUAGUAUUGUAGCCUCCCACGCAGACAUUCCUAGGGGUUUGUCACACAUUCAUGCUCCACCAACAGUUAGUGGGGCAGGAAUGUGUGACGAACCCUUAAGAAUGUCUGGUCAGGAGGCUAGUAGUAUUGUUAAGUAGCCUGCAUGGUAGGUGUUGAAAUACUAGCCCAUCACAAACAUUUAGAUAAUCGAGAUUGGUGCAAGAUGGAGAGUGCUUUGAAAAAAAGCAGAAGAAAGGAAUCUUUGCUGUCAUUUCCUGCCCGCUUUUCAUUGCACCGUCCCCACCAUCUGAAUGCAGGAACAGGCUAGCAUUUUAAGAGGUACUGUAG